AUAAUAAUAAUACCAAAAGGGAAGGAAAAUUGAAACAACUCGGUUCGUUUUCACGGAUGGAUACUAUCUGAUCUGGGGAGUCAGCUGGAAACCGAUUUCUUCUGCCUGUUCAGUCAGUAAUGGUGCUUUCGAAGCGAAAGAUGAAGCAACUAUUUGCGUUCGGUGUGGCCACAGUGCUCGUUGUUUGCCUGUACAAAUCGUGGGGUAAUCCGACCGGGGCGAAGCUUACCCUGGGUAUAGGGAAUGCCGAUGCUGGGCUGCUGGAUAACGAAGUUGACCGGACCCGGUACGAACACCACCGGUUUGACCAUCGUCUGAAACCUGAUGAUGGGGAAAAAGUGGUAUUGCGCAAUGUAGAGAACAACAACGUACUAGUGGGUGCGCCUGGCGAUCGUGAAGCUCACCUGGAAGAGUUGCACCAGGCCAAGAAGCAGAUCCUGGUGCUGGAGCGCAAAAUUCAAGAACUGGAAGGACGUAUUCCACGCCGGUAUCCGGAUGUAACGUUUUUAAACUACAAGAAUCGGAAACGGAUAUUGAUAACCGGUGGAGCUGGUUUUGUGGGAUCGCAUCUAGUGGACUACCUGAUGAUGCAGGGCCACGAGGUGAUCGUAGCGGACAACUUUUUCACCGGUCGGAAGCGUAAUGUUGAGCACUGGUUGGGUCACGAGAACUUUGAACUGAUCCAUCACGAUAUCGUAAAUCCACUGUUCAUCGAGGUGGACGAGAUAUAUCACCUGGCCAGUCCGGCAAGCCCGCCGCACUACAUGUACAAUCCGGUUAAAACGAUCAAAACCAAUACUCUGGGUACGAUCAACAUGCUGGGGCUGGCCAAGCGAGUGGGAGCUAAGGUGCUGAUAGCAAGUACUUCGGAAGUUUACGGCGAUCCUGAUGUGCAUCCGCAGCCGGAAACCUACUGGGGUCACGUUAAUCCCAUUGGACCCAGGGCGUGUUAUGACGAGGGCAAACGUGUUGCCGAAACGCUCAGCUACGCUUAUGCCAAACAGGAAAAUGUGAAUGUCCGAGUGGCUAGGAUUUUCAAUACCUAUGGACCCCGAAUGCACAUGAACGAUGGGAGGGUUGUCUCGAAUUUCAUCAUUCAAGCCUUGCAGAACCAGUCAAUUACGAUGUACGGCAGUGGCAAGCAGACGCGCUCAUUUCAGUAUGUGUCUGACUUGGUGGACGGAAUGGUGGCGCUGAUGGCAUCCAACUACACACAACCUGUCAACUUGGGCAACCCGGUGGAACGCACGAUUGAGGACUUUGCCGAAAUCAUUCGCGAUUCGGUCGGAUGCAAAAGUAAAAUCGUGGAACUGCCGGCCGUUGAGGAUGAUCCGCAGCGUCGCAAACCGGACAUUUCGAGAGCCAAAAAAUACCUCAACUGGGAACCGAGGGUUCCACUGAAAGAAGGCCUUAUAAAGACCAUCGAAUACUUUCGGAAAGAACUUGCCCGUUCUAACCACUCACAGCGGAAUAUUUUUGUUCCGGAGGCGACUGAUAAAGAGUAGCACAAUUCUGGGGGCAUUAAAUUCGAAGUGAUUAAGCUCAACGUCUGAAUCAAGGCUUCAUCCAUAGUACAAUCCUAGAGGGGAUUAAUUUUGGAAAAAUCAUUUUGGUAAGUCUUUUUGAACUAUGUUUUUCCGAUGAAUUCCAAAUUUUCCAUGGUGGAUUUCUAGGCCAGAAAGAUCUAAACCGUAAUUGACUCGAAGCCAUUAGUACCUAUUAAAGCAUAUAUUAGGUGAACUGUUAAUUUUGUGUUAUAAACCACAUGAUUUUGAACCAUGUUUCUAUUGUGCAUAUAUUUUCCUGCUCUAGUCUGUCUGUUUUUUGUUUGUGUAAGAACUCAUUGGGAUUUAAGUGAGUUAAUUUUUAUCGUAUGGUUGCGAAAUAUAUUGUAUGAAAAAGAUGGUAUAUA